AUGUCUCUAGCUUCCAAUAAGGACAUUGACGGCAGUUCAAAUAGUCCAGAGAACUGUAGCGUUAAAUUAGACGAAAAAGAUUUCGAAUUUAUCGAAGAAUUGGUUAUUAAUGAAUUUUGGAAGAAUAAUAGAGAUUCCAUACAAUCCUUUUUGCAAUACCACCAUAAGUUGGUACAAGAAUGCGAAAAGCGUAUGCAAGUUGGAAAUAUUUUAUCAUCGUCAGCGACUUAUCAUGAGGAACAUCCAGAACGAGAAUUAGAAGACUAUCCUUAUCCUUUAUUGUCAGGGCAAAAAUCCUUAACGACAUUGAUUUUUUACAAUCAAGAAUAUCCCGAUCAAAUCAUUUAUUUACAGAAAAUUCGUAAUAAUAGUAAUUUGAUGAAUAGAGAUAUCGAGGCCAUUAUUAAAGGGCAUGGUUUCAGGGUCAUGCACGGAGAAGAUUAUGGCGAAUCGAGUGUGGAUAAGUUUUUAUCCGCAAUUAGUUUGGAGACAAAACGACCAUGGGCUGAUAUUGAUAAAAAAAUUUUGUUUCAUUCAUAUGAAACUUUAAACGAAGAUCUGUUAAUAUACACAUUCUAUAAUCCUAAAUACCCCGAUCAAAUAGUUCAUUGGCAACAGACACAAAACGAUGAACAGUUGGAAGGAGGUCAUAAGCAUGCGAAACUAGAUAUUCCAAUAUUAUUGAAAGUAAACGGGUUUAUUAAAUUAAAGACCCAAAAAGAGAUGGAUGUCAUUUUCUCUGAUGAACUUUCGUAUGUCGGCGAAGCUUCAGACUCAUUAAUAAAGGGCACGGUUCUUUAUAAACAAUUUGCGAACCAUAUUGAGAGUAAUUCUGCUUUUAAGGACAAUGGUGCCAUUAUUGCAGAAAGUUUACGUGAAUUUAGUCGAAAAAUAUUUGAUGCUGGAACCAAUUUUGAGGCUAUGUAUAGAAAGGGUGACAUAUUGUUUUUGGUAUUGGAAAACCAAAUCAACCUAAUUCUAAAUAGGGUAAAACCAAGUUUGUUUAGUCGUCUUGUUUCGAAAGACGAUGCGCCAUAUAUCAAAGAAAGACUCGAAAAAAUUAAUAUGGAGAUUCUUUCUUUCGAGGAGAAAUUAAAAAAAGCAACGGAUUCAAUGGAAGAUGCAGAAAAUAGAAGAGAAUUCGCAGAAAAAGUUUUAUUUAAAGGAAGAGGUGAAGCAGCAAAUUUCGUUUAUUCGAGUCAGUCAAAGCAAGAAAAUCAUCGUGAACAUUCUGAAGCCCAAGAACUCUUGGAACGAGCCGAAGGAGUAUUGAACUUGUUAAAUCAGACGGCUGUUGGUUUAGUCGAAAUAAAAAAAUUGUUGUCAAACUAUAGAUUUAGUUUAGACGAUGCCAAAGCUGAAGUAAAUGGUAAAACUUCGGUUACCGAAGAGGAUAUUGACAAACUAAAAGAGGUAUUAGGUAUCGUACAAGAAUAUCAUAAAGGGUUUGUUAGGAAGAGCGAAAAAAUAACCACAUGA